AUGAUGCAUACACUUAAUCCAGCAACCCAAUCUUCGAUGUUCACACUUGUAUUUAUAUUAAUUUAUGCAGCUUCUGCAAUAUUUACGUUUCAGCAGCAAUCUGUUUUACAUGGAAUUGUGCUUUGCACUUGGAAUAUAUUCCCUAUCAUACUUAAUUAUUUUUGGAUCAAAUUAUUACCAGAAUGUCAAAUUACAACGUGUUCAUCACAUGAAGAUUCUAUUAUAUACAAGGUCAAAAUGGAGGGUUUUUGUUUGCUUUUUGAAGCAAUUCUCUUUGAAAUAAUAUCUAUUAUAUUAACAUAUUUACUUUGGAGAAAUAAAACUUGGAUAGUUUUGAAAGAUUUUACGAUUACAAGACACAAACAUAUAAAGAGAAUGUAUAAAACGUAUCAUAUUCAAACGGCCUUAAUUCAUGCUCAAAUAAUACUGACAUUAAUAUUAGCAUAUACAGUAUGGAUGAUGGAAUUAUUGGCAACUCAUAUAAAAAUAAUUAUGUUUGGAGCUGACAUAAAAGAAUUAUGGGCCAACCCUUUUCUACUUUACUUUAUAUUUCAGUUCUAUAUUUUAUUAGUAUUUAAAGCGAUUAGAAGUGAAUCUCACCUUUUGAUGGGAUUCAUAUAUUUGGGUAAUAUAGGUGAAUGGUUAGAAGUUUUCUUACACAUUUAUCAUUGGUGCCCAAUUGAUUUAAUGAAUGAUAUAAGGUACCAAGACCCGCCGGAAUUCGAAUACAGUGAUGAUAUCCCUUCGUAUAUAGCAAGGUCUAAUGAAAAAGCAAUCGAUUUAGCUUAA